UUGUUUCUAAUCAGUCUGCAAAUGUCGAUGGUGUGGGAAAACAUAUGAUUUUAGCUUCGUGAUUCUCAAAUUGGCUUCUUAUUUGACAUAUUCCCAAAAGGAAAUCGCAACGACCAGCAUUCAACUCUACAUGGAAACAUACAUACAUACAUACACAAGUACUAGCAUAAGCCGAACGCCAUUAGCUAGCCAAUAGCAAAAGUUCAUCCUGAAUUUAUUUUAGUCAUCAUCUCUCUAAACAAGGAAGUGCGCGAAGUGUGUAAACGAACGGUCGCCGAUGCUUCAAGAAGAAAAACCAAGUGCUUAAGAGAUGCUGCUUUGCAGAAUAAAGUAAAUACAUAAAUCAAAAGGCAAAAAUGUGCAAAAUUAAUUAAAAUCAAAAAGUGUUUUUUUUCGUUUUCAUCGCAUCGCAACUUGGAGUGCUGCAUUUACAUAUAAAUAGCACCGGAAUUUGCUUUAAAAAUAGCACACACACAAGCUAACAUAAAGUAGCAGAGUGAUCGAAAAGUAAUUGAAAAGCGCAAUACGCUAAUCCGCAGCUAAUAAGAUAUUUGCUUUAUUGUCGCCCCAGCGCAUAUUGCUUUGUUUUUUUAAAUAAUGUGGAAAAAAUAGAUUGGCCUCCGCCCUGAAAAAAGUGAUUUUCGAGUACAUACAUAUGCACACACAUAUAUAUAAAUGAAUAUACAUAUAUCGAAAAAUCCAGGAAAAGGAGGGAAUAUUGUGUUUCAUUUCGUUUUUAUGCUCGUUUCCAAAGAAAUUGGCCAAAAUAAAUACCCGGAUAAAGCGGAGUGUAUAAAAAGUGUGAGCGAAGAGUGCAAACAAAAUAAAAAAGUAAUAAAACGCGGAUAGACAAACAAAAACAAAAAAUAAUAGCAGUAACAAUAACAAUAAAAAAAGAACCUACCAAACGACUAACACCGACCGAGUGUAUUUAAUUAAGAGUACACAUAUAACGUCAUAGUUUCGUCAAAUUGUUUUGUUCAUCAAGUUCGUUGCUGGAAUCAUCAUCAUGGGCGAUAACAUCGAAAUGCUUAAAGCUUUGUAUGAUUUUCAAGCCGUCUAUCCCAAAACGAUUAGUUUCGAUGAGGGUGAAUACUUCAUUUUGUAUCAGACUUCGGCACGCCAAAGGAAUUGGUGGCAGGUGGUCAGCAUGAAGGGCAACAUAGGAUUUGUGCCUUCCAAUUACGUAAUGAAAAUAAAGGUUGAACCUGAUUUCCUGAUAAGCUUCCUAAACUCUUCCAUUGAGUCAUUGGAGCUUUCCAAAGAGGCUGAAAUAAAUGGCAUUAUGCCCAAAGAUGAACUGCUGGAUAGGCUGAGGGAAAAGAAAAUUUCCAUGGAGAAAAUGUAUUUGGAUAAUUCUGAAAGAGAUGGCGACUCAUCACUCUCCUUCUCACAGAGCAUUGGUGAUGGCAAACACAGUGCUCCUCAUUCACAAGAACAUCGACCCCACAGUCCACCGCAUUCGAAACGUUUGGAUAGCAGUAAGAAAUCAAUAUCAAGUCCUUCCAUGGCCACCGCAUUGCCUCUUAUGAUUUCCGAAUCACCCAGCAUGGGUUCCAUGCAAGUUCAAACGCAACAAGGCCAACAACAGCAGCAGGCACAGUUACCCUCACCGGCCCAGAGUAAAGUCAAUGAUGUGGCCCAAGACAACAGUGUAACCUCUGAACAUUCUGAGACCACCACCACCACAACAACUACCAGUGAAGAUGUGGUGACCACCUAUAAAGAGCCCAGUCUAAAUGAUUCAUCAGCUUCCUAUACACAUUCUAAAGAGAAUGGUACCCUAAAGAGCGAAAAUAAGGAUUCCUCCUCCAAAGAUCGAAAAUCCAAGGAGAAAUCCAGUAAAUUAGAUAAUCAUGUUAAAACGCAAAAUGGUAUUGAUGAAAAAGAGGACAAGACUGGUAACGAUCGAUCUGAGGGUAGUGAUGGACCUGCCAGCGAGGAGAGAAAUGUCAAUGGCACUGCCACAAAGGGUGACAGCAAUGAUAACAGUCAAAACCUUGAUAGUGAGGAUAGUGGUGCGGCCAUGCAACAAUUGCAUGCAGCAGCUGCGGCUGCAGCCUUGGCCCAUACUGGCGGUUAUCCCAGACCCAAUUUGAAGGUAGAGUCGUCAGAUGUCUAUCAAAUUGUUGAUGUCAUAAGACGUAACACCAAUCUGAGUUUUGAUUUGUCCUGCGAAGCCUUGCGAGUGGUACUCACCAGUUUAGAGCAGCUUUAUAAUGGUGCAAUCAAUCCUUAUCUGGAGGCGGUGGCCAUACACGUAACCGAAAAAGUGGAAACCCCCAAAGGAUUGCUGGGUGUCACACACGAUUCAAAGAAACUGCAGUACAUAUUCUCUCAAUUGGCCGAUUGUAAAAAUGACUCGGAACAGCGUACAUGGAUGUUGUAUGAGGAUGAAGAAGAUAUUGCUCAAUUUUUGGAGGAUUUGGUCGAUAUAUUGAAUAAUGCCGAUGAAACUAUUUGCUGCUAUGAAAUGUCCUGUGAUCAAUAUCAGGCCCUAGUCAAUUUGGUGCAGUACUAUCAAAUGGAAACACGUUGGAAUAUAAAACGUCUGUUGCUCAGAACAUUCACAGCUGCCUGUCAUUUGGAUCACAUUAUUGUUGAUAUACUGUUGACCUCAGUAUUGCCUUUGGAAAUUGUGGAAGAUAUGAAAACGAAUUUUUCAAAUUUAGAUCGUUUUAAGCAAUUAGUCAAAAUGUUAACAAUUAUAUUCUCACUGGGCCAACCUAUGCCUGUAAAUCACCAAGAUUAUCUGGGUGUACAUUUUGCCUCCUUCCUACUGGAAAUAAUCGAAGGCAAUAAUCCUGAAGUUCUAGUCGAUAUGGUUAUAUCUUUAGUUUUAGCCUUUAAUCUACAAUUUAAUGAGAGCACACAAAAUGUCAUAGUUGAAGCUAUGCAAACCUUACCCUCAGCCAAAGUGUUUACAGAGAAAAUCCUUUUACUUCUGAAUCGGGAGGAAGAUCCUGUUAAAGUUUUAAAACACACCACAGAUUGUAUGAAUUCAGUUUUGAAAAUGUUCAUUGAUAUCUUCAGUGUAUCGGAAACAGCGGCAAUGUUCUAUACCAAUGAUACCAAAGUUUUAAUAGACAUCAUUGUAAGACAACUGACUGAUUUAUGUGCUGGAAAUUCGCUGAGACGUUGCUAUUUGGAGUUGUGUCGUCGUAUUCUACGAAACACCGACUAUCAGGAACAUCAGCAUCGUAAACAAGAUUUUAUGAAAAUCUUUACCCGGAUAUUCUGUGAGGAAACUGAAUGUAGUGCCUCCGAUCAGAAACUAGUAAGAGAAAUAGCCAAUGAAUUUCCCCAGAUAUUCAAGGCUUAAGCAUAGAAAUAAAUGACAACAGAUGUAAGUUUGUUUACACUGAAAAUGCAAUUAAAUAAAACACAUUUUGAAACACCCACAAUACAUAUUUUUAAAAUAAGCAAUUUCUUAUAAGAGUUUUGUUCUUAAGGUUUCCCAAAAAAAUUUUGAGUAAAACUUGAUAAGUUCAUGACAAGGAUUAAUUUUUUUUUUAAAUUGUUUUUAUGUGAUAGCAAACAUUUUUGUUUUGUUUUUUUGAAUUUAUUUUUAACGUAGUUGUAAUAAAUUCUCUCUUUUUUAGAACCAAAGUAUUUUUUUUUUAUUUUUGUUUUAAUCUUUAAUGUGUUCUUAAAGAACUUUUUUUUAGUGAACUAUGAAACUUAAAUAAGAUUACUGGAAUAUAAUGAAACGAUGAGGAAGAAGAAAAAGAUAAGAAUCCUGUUAUUAUAUUUAAGGCCAUAUUGAACAUUUUUUUACAAAGUAUAAAGAAAAACCGAAAUAAUCCCAUAUAAAUUGAAACUUUGUAACAUAAUUUUUAGAUAAAUCGUAGUUUGAAAAAGUCUUCAAAUUCAAAUUGAAUAACUGAUUCAAGAAAUUAUUAUUAAUGAGAA